UUAUCUUCGAUUUCCAUUCCAUUUCAAUACCAAUUAAAAAUAUAUAAAAACAUUAUAUACAUUCUUAUAUUCUUCCAUCCCGUGCCGGUCAUAAUGAAGUUCCUCGCAAGCCUUUCUAUCCUCUUCCUCACCGCCAGCAGCGCCGCCGCCGCUAGCACACCAAAAUGCGUCAAAGUAAAUAGUCAAAAGAUCUGCGUAAUACCCACCUACCUCACUGUCAACAGCUUCUCAAAAAUAAUCUAACAACUACACAGGUGCCAGGCGAUCCAUUACGUCAACAAUAUAACGUGAGUAGCCAGACCUUUACGAAUUCUUGCCCGCGAGAAGUGGCCGACUGACUAAUAACUUCCAGUGUUCAAUUGAUGAACUGGACCCCGAAGAUUUUGGUGCUACUGGAUGCACCUUCAGAGAAGGAAACGGAACGCCUGAGCUGAAGUGGUGUUUAAGUAUACUCUGUUUUGCUUCUAUGACGGGAAACGCUCGAUAUGGAAGGCUAAUGAAUCGGGGUUACAGUGCAAGACUUAAUUUUAGGAAGUUGAUGCUCCAAGCCGAU